AUCACAAUGUGGUAUCACACCUUUGUAUCACAGCUUGGUAUCACACCUUUGUAUCACACCAUGAUGCCAACACGAAUUCAGGUUAGGGCUGUUACAGAACAGAUACUUUAUUUAGAAGAACAGAUACAAGUUCUGGGACCUGUGAUUGAACGUAUGAAAAAUGUUGUUACAAAAAGUAAGGCGUGGAUAGAAGAAAAAACUGACCAAUCAUCUGUCAGCUACAUCGAGCUAUCACAAGAACUGGACACAGCAGCCACGGCCUUGUUGGAUGUGACGUCACUUAUUUUAAACGAGGACAACAUGGACGUCAACAAACCAACGCCAUCUUUACCACAGCCUGACACACAGACAACAGCUACAUAUCUAACAGUAGAAUCACCAAGACAACUCAAGACACAAGUCCAACACACAGCUGUUGAAGAACAUCCUGACCUAGAGCGUAGACUCGCCUAUAUUGAAACAACACUAUCUUCACUACAGGACACACAACACAAGUCUACAGAUGACAUAUCAGAAAUUAAAAAAUGGAGAGACAACUUUGUAACAGAGCAGAGUGACAAUUGGGUAAACAUUGAACAAUCGACUAAAAAACAAAAGCAGAAUUUUAAAAACAUCAGGAAACAAAUAAAUGAACAAGAUAACAAAGUAAUGGAACUGAACAAAGAAAUUGAAAGUUUAAAAGAAAAAGAAACCAAGUCAAACAAAACACUAGAGAAACUGUCCCUAGAUAUGAAAGAAUAUGAAAACAACACGCACAAAAUAAAUAAAGAGAUGCAAGCUUAUACAGAUAAAACAGACAGUAUGACACAAGAAAUUAAAAGCCUCUCUGAUUUGAUUGUUUCUAUACAAGAUGAAAGUAAUAAAAUCGUGGUCAAAACUUCAACGCAAUUUGAGAAGUUACAAUUCAAGCACAACCUGAUGUACCAACUCCUACAGCAAAAAUUGAUGCCCAUUGACAGAUUGUUUCAAAUAUUUAAUCAGAACUUAGAAACUAGAGAAGAAAGAUCAAAGAAGCUGGAAACUAUGGAAAAUGUUAUAUCAAAGUUGACGAUGGAUUUUAAUGUAAUCGAGUCACGUGUAUGUAACAGAUAUGCUUGUCAUGUAAGGCUUGCUGAUAACACACCUGUCAGUACUGGAUCAAUUAUUUCAACAUUUAAAGAAGUACGUGAAUAUAACGGUCAACAUUUUAAUCGAACAACAGGAACAUUUGUAUCACCACAUGAUGGUUUAUAUCUUGUCUGUGUCACUGUACAUGAAUGGGAAGAUAAACGGAUUGGAGUUGGUGUGAAGGCUGGAGACGAGUGGUUUACGCCUAUAGAAGUGAAAUGUGCCGACACUAGCGUUGCUGGGUCAGUGGUUGUUGACAUGAAGAAAGGGGAAGGACUUUACUUUUAUGUGAAUCACGCAGAUCAAGGCGCAGCUUUAUCCUGGCACAGCAGAUUUAUUAUCAUGCCUUCAACAAUUCAGGUCAAGCUUGUUACAGAGCACACGAAAUAUUUGGAACAACAGAUACAAUUACUGGAACCUGUUAUAGGAAAUAUGAAAAAUGUUGUAACAAAAAGUAAGGCGUGGCUAGAAGAAAAAACUGACCAAUCAUCUGUCAGCUACAUCGAGCUAUCACAAGAACUGGACACAGUAGCCACGGCCUUGUUGGAAGUGACGUCACAUAUUUUAAACGAGGAAAACUUGAAUGUCAACAAACCCACGCCAUCUUUACCACAGCCUGACACAGAGACAACAGCAACAUUUCUAUCCGUAGAAUCACCAAGAGAACUCAUCACACAAGGCCAACACACAGCUGAUAUGAAAGAAUAUAAAAACAACGUAGACAAAGUAAAUAAAGAAAUUCAAGUUCACACAGACAUAACAGACAGUAUAACUCAAGAAAUUAUAAGACUUUCUGAUCAGAUUGUUUCUUUACAAGAAGAUAAUAAAACCAUGGUCAAUUUGUCAGCCGGAUUUAAGAGGUUGCAAUCAAAGCUCAGUCUGAUAUGCCAACUCCUGCAACAAAGAUUGAUGCCAAUUGAUAGAUUGAUUCAAAUAUGUAACCAGAACUUGGAAACUAGAGAGGAAAGAAAAAAGACGCUGGAAACUAUGGAAAAUGCUAUUUCAAAAUUGUCAAUGGAUUUUAAUAUAAUCGAGUCACGUGUAUGUAACAGAUAUGCUUGUCAUGUACAGCUUGAUGGUCCCACACCUGUCAGUGUUAGAUCAAUUAUUUCAACAUUUUAUAAAGUACGUGAAUAUAACGGUCAACAUUUUAAUCAAACAACAGGAAAAUUUGUAUCACCACAUGAUGGUUUAUAUCUUGUCUGUGUCACUCUACAUGAAUGGGAAGAUAAAAAUAUUCAAGUUGGUGUGUGGGCUGGAGACAGGUGGUGUACGUAUAUAGAAGUGACAAGUGCCGACACUAGCGCUGCUGGGUCAGUGGUUGUUGACAUGAAGAAAGGGGAAGGACUUUACUUUGAAGUGGUGGAAGCACAUAAAGACGCAGCUUUAUCCUGGUACAGUAGUUUUACUAUCGUUAGUUUAUAG